AUGAUGAGGCCCGCAGUCCCCUCAAUAGCAAUCAUGGCUGCACAGUCAGUCACACCCGACUCCCGCUCUUCCUCGUCCACAAACUCUCCCGCUCCUGCCGACAACGAGGAGUCGGAUUUCUUCAUCGCCGGCAACGACUCGCAAUCUUCCCUGGGCGUCCCAAAUAUCGAGGACAUGCAAGUCAACGACGACCCGUGCCAGCCCGCCGUCAACCGGCUGCCCAGCGAGAUCCUCAUUUCCAUCUUCGCCAAGCUCAACAGUUCUUCUGAUCUCUUUCACUGCAUGCUUACAUGCAAGAGAUGGGCGAAGAACUCGGUCGACUUGCUCUGGCAUCGCCCAGCAUGCACCAACUGGAAGAACCACUCAUCCAUCUGCCAGACGCUGCAGCUCGAAAACCCCUUCUUCGCCUAUCGCGACUUCAUCAAGCGCCUUAACCUAGCCGCGACCCCGCUCGCCGACAGGAUCAACGAUGGCAGCGUCAUUCCCUUGGCGGUAUGCACCCGUGUCGAGCGACUUACCCUGACCAACUGCCGGAACCUCACCGAUCAAGGCUUGACUGCGUUGGUGGAAAAUAGCUCUUCGCUGCUCGCCCUUGACAUCUCUGGCGACGAGCACAUCUCAGACGUCUCCAUCAGGACCAUCGCCGAGCACUGCAAGCGGCUGCAGGGCUUGAACAUCUCUGGCUGCAGGCUAAUCACCAACGACAGCAUGAUCAUGCUUGCAGAGAACUGUCGAUUCAUCAAGAGGCUCAAACUCAACGAGUGUGCCCAACUGCAGGAUAACGCGAUUCUGUCUUUUGCCGAUAACUGCCCAAACAUUCUCGAGAUUGAUCUCCACCAAUGCUCCCAGAUUGGGAACGAGCCCAUCACUGCCCUCAUCGCCAAGGGCCAGUCCCUUCGCGAACUCCGUCUCGCCGGCUGCGAACUUAUCGACGACAGCGCCUUUCUGUCUCUGCCUCCCAACAAGACAUACGAUCACCUGCGCAUUCUGGACCUUACCUCCUGCGCGAGGCUUACGGAUCAGGCUGUGCAGAAGAUUAUCGAGGCGGCUCCGCGUCUGCGCAACUUGGUACUCGCCAAGUGCCGCAACAUCACUGAUGUUGCCGUAAACGCCAUUUCGAAACUCGGAAAGAACCUGCAUUACUUGCAUCUGGGUCACUGUGGUCACAUCACGGACGAAGCAGUGAAGCGACUGGUGCAAGCAUGCAAUCGCAUAAGGUAUAUUGAUCUCGGAUGCUGCACGCUUCUGACCGACGAUUCCGUGAUGCGUUUGGCCCAGCUGCCAAAGCUCAAGAGAAUCGGACUCGUCAAGUGCAGUAACAUUACCGAUGAGUCCGUGUUCGCCCUCGCUCGCGCCAACCAUCGUCCGCGGGCACGCCGAGAUGCCAACGGUAACAUUGACGAAUACUACGCCUCCAGCCUAGAGCGUGUCCACCUGAGUUACUGCACGAACCUCACAUUAAAGAGCAUCAUCAAAUUGCUCAACUACUGCCCACGUCUCACGCAUCUCAGUUUGACAGGGGUCACUGCCUUUCUCAGAGAAGAGUUCGCCGAGUUCUGCAGACCCCCUCCUCCCGAAUUCACGGAUCACCAGCGCGGCGUAUUUUGCGUCUUCUCUGGCGCUGGCGUUUCAAAGCUCCGCGAAUACCUCAAUAACUCUCCCGAAUACGAAGGCCUUCGAGAUUCACCUGCCCCGCGAUACUCGGGUGCGGGCAUCUUGUCUCGCCGAAACAUUGAUCCCCGUUCUGCAACCCCCGGAAAUGCCGGCCCAGCCAACGGCGAUGCGGAAGGCGAUGAUGCGGAGGCGCCAGAGGAAGAUGAAUUCGAUGGACUAGACGGCAGCGAAAUGGCAGUGGACGGACAGCCACUUUUGGCGCAGAACCUCGUCAACGGAAACGCAACGCAGAAUGGCAUGGCUCCACCGCCACCACCUAAUCACGUACCUCUGAACGGCGCAGUGCCCAUGUUUGCGCAACCACUUGCAGGACACAACGCUUCGACCGCAACUGCCAUCUCGCCGCAAGGUACAAACCUCGGCUUCCCGGCGUACACAAACAGGCGACCGACCUCUAUAGGUGCCAGCACCGCGUCAAUGGAGGCCUCGAUGUUGAGCCCCGCAAUCCAUCGCGAUAGGCCCGCAAGCGUCAUCUCAAUGGAGGCGUCUAUGUUGGGGCCAUCCGACCCAAAUAUUCCAGAGUCUGCCGCAUCGAACGCCCCACAGCAUUCCUAA